AUGAGACAUAGUCAAGAAAUAAGAACUAUCGUAGAAAAAGAAAUAGCGACUAAGUCUCUAUCGCAAUAUUUCGAAAUAGAUGAAGAAUUUAGCGCAUUGUGCAAACGUUGCAAUGAUAAAAAGGACAUAUUUUACGGAACAGAUGCCUUAAAACACAUUUGUAUAGAAACAAAUCAACGUUUAAGGUCUCGACAACAACCUAAAGACAAUGAUGUGAACAGAAUGACACAAUCAAGCACACAGCACUCUAUAGCCACUGAAAAUGCAAAUACAAGCUCCCAUCAUGAUGACAUAAAUAUGCAAGCUCCUCGAAAUCAAGACCAACAAAGUAACACAUCCCUAUACUGUGCGGAUGCAAUGGCAGCUCUAGAAGAAUCAGACAAUUGGAUGUGGAAACAUGUUGUUAAAUUAAACAGUUUUGCUCUACGGUGCAAUACAGAUUGUUGUCUUCAAACGUAUUAUAAUAAAAAUACAAGUAGAUUGAUAACAUCGAUGAAGGCACAUUUAUACCAUAAGCACAAAAUAUGGAAUGAACAAGAUCACUUAGAAUGGGGAAACAACAAUGACUUGAUAUGGCAAUAUUUUAACAAAAUAGACUUAUACAAAGGAAAAUAUGCUUUAAUACAUCACAUUUGUUUGAAAAAGAAUCAACGUUUAAAGUCUCGACAAAAAUCUAAAGAUAAAAAUGUGAAUAUAAUGACACAACAGUCUAUAGUCACUGAAAAUGCAAAUACAAACUCCCAUCAUGAUGAUAUCAAUAGGCAAGCUCCUCGAAAUCAGGACCUCCAACAAAGUGACAUAUCGCUAUACUAUACGGAUAUAAUGGCAGCUCUACAAGGAUCGAACUAUUGGGUGCGGAAACAUGUUCUCAAAUUAGACAAUUUUGCUGUACAGUGCAAUAUAAAUGGUUGUAACGAAAUUUUUAUAACUAAUAGUAAACAUGCAAGUAGAAUGAUAACAACGAUAAAGGGACAUUUAUACCACAAGCACGAAAUAUGGAAUAAAGAAGAUCGCUUAAAAUGGAUAAACGAUGAUGACUUGAUAUGGCGAUACUUCGACAAAGUAGACUUAUAUAAAGAAAAAUGUAAAUUUUGUAACAUUUUACUUUAUGAAGCACAUAUACCAUUUAUAAAGAACCAUCUGCAAAGACAUUGUCAAGAAAUAAGAACUAUUGUACGAAAAGAAAUUGCGGAUAAGUCUCUAACGCAAUAUUUUGAAAUAGAUGAAAAAGAAUUUAGCGCAUUGUGCAGACUUUGUAAUGUUAAAAAGGACAUAUUUUACGGAACAGAUACCUUAAUACACAUUUGUUUAGAAAAAAAUCAACGUUUAAGAUCUCGACAAGAACCUGAAAGUAAUAACGUGAACAGAAUGACACAACAGUCUUUAGCCACUGAAAAUGCAAAUACAAAUUUCCAUUAUGAUAUAAACAGGCAAGCUCUUCGAAAUCAAGACCAACAAAGUAACACAUCACGAUGCUGUGCGGAUUUUAUGGCAGCUCUAGAAGGAUCAGACGAAUGGGUGCGGGAACAUCUUAAAUUAGACAAUUCCUAUGUACGGUGCAGAAGUUGUACUCAAGCUUAUAAAAUUGGUAAAAGAAAUCAUUUUAUUGAAAUGAUAAGAUUGAUAAAGGCACAUUUAUACCAUAAGCAUGAAAUAUGGAAUGAAGAAGAUCGCUUAAAAUGGGAAAACGACAAUGACUUGAAAUGGCGAUACUUCGACAAAGUAGGCUUAUAUGAAGUAAAAUGUAAAUUUUGUGACUAUUUACUUUGUCCACCAUAUGUACAACUUAUAACGUCGCAUCUGCAACGUCAUCGUCGGGAAAUAAGAGCUGGUGUACGAAGAGAAAUUGCGGAUAAGUCUGUAUCGCAUUAUUUCGAAAUUGAUGAGGAAAAAUUUAGUGCACGGUGCAAAAUUUGCAAUGUUGAAAAAGACAUAUUUUAUGGAGCAGAUGCCUUAAUACAUCACAUUUGUUUUAAAAACAAUCAAUAUUUAAGACGUCGAAAAGAACUAGCGGCAGCUCGUCAAAGGUCAGACAAUUGGGUGUGGAAACAUGAUCUUAAACUAAACAAUUCUACUAUACGGUGCAAUAUAGAUAAAUGUAAUAAAACUUAUCAUAAUAAAUCUAACAAAUCAAGUCUGUUGAUACAAUCGAUGAAGGUACAUUUAUACCAUAAGCACGAAAUAUGGACCGAAAAAGAUCGCCUAAAAUGGGAAAAAAACAAUGAUUUGGUAUGGCGAUAUUAUGACAAAGUAGACUUAUACAAAGGAAAAUGUAAAUUUUGUAUGGCUUUUCAUCGUGAAGCAGAUCUAGCAUAUCUAAGGUGGCAUUUGCGACAAAAGCAUAGUCAAGAAAUAAGAGCUGUUAUAAAAAAAGAAAUUGCAUAUAAGUCGCUAUCGCAAUAUUUCGAAAUUCAAGAGGAAGAAUUUAGUGCACGGUGCAAACAUUGCAAUGUUGAAAUGAAUAUAUUUUACGGAUCAGAUGUCUUAGUACGUCACAAUUGUUUUAAUUAUCAACCUUUAAGAUCUCGACAAGAACCUGAACAUAAUAAUGUGAACACAGUGAUACAACAAUCUCUAGCCGAUCAAAAUACUAAUACAAGUUCACAUCAUGAUAAUAUAAAUAGACAAGCUCCUGAAAAUCGAGAAAAUCAACAAAGUAACACAUCACGAAAUUGUGCGGAUGCAACAGCAGCUCUAGAUGAAUCAGAUAAAUGGGUGUGGAAACAUGUUGUUAAAUUAAACAGUUUUACUAUACAGUGCAAUAUAGAUUGUUGUGAUCAAACUUAUUGUAAUAAAAAUACAGGUAGAUUGAUAAAAUUGAUGAAAGUACAUUUAUACCAUAAGCACAAAAUAUGGACUGAAGAAGAUCGCUUGAAAUGGGAAAGCAACAAUGACUUUAUAUGGCAAUAUUUUGAUAAAGUAGAAUUAUACAAAGGAAAAUGUAAAUUUUGUAAAAAAAUUCGUCGCGAAGCAUAUUUACCAAAUCUAAAGGGGCAUCUGCGAAAAAAGCAUAGUCAAGAAAUAAGUGUUGCUGCACAAAAAGAAAUUGCAACUAAGUUACUAUCGCAUUGUUUUAAAAUCGAUGAGAAAAAACUUAGUGCAUGGUGCAAACGUUGCUAUUUUGAAAAGGACAUACUUUACGGAACAGAUGCCUUAAUACAUCACAUUUGUUUCAAAAAGAAUCAACGUUUAAGGUCUCGACAAAUAUCUGAAGAUAAAAAUGUGAACAUAAUGACACAACAGUCUAUAGUCACUGACAAUGCGAGUACAAAUUCCCAUCAUGAUGAUAUAAAUAGGCAUGCUCCUCAAAAUCAAGUCCUUCAACAAAGUAACACAUCACGAUACCGUGCGGAAUUAAUAGCAGCUCUAGAAGGAGCAGACGAUUUUGUGUGGGAACAUCUUAAAUUAGACAAUUCCCCAGUCAGAAAUGAUAAUAGAAUCGACGCCGAUUCGAUGCCGAUUUCAUUAUUAUUUCUGACUGGUUCUAAUGUACGGUGCAGAUAUUGUAUUCAAACUUAUGAAAUUGGAAAAAGAAAUAAAUUUAUUAAAUUUAUUGAAAUGUUAACAAUGAUAAAGGCACAUUUAUAUCAUAAGCAUGAAAUAUGGGAUGAAGAAGAUCGGUUAAAAUGGGAAACCGACAAUGACUUGAUAUGGCGAUACUUCGACAAAGUAGACUUAUAUGAAGCAAAAUGUAAAUUUUGUGGCAGUUUACUUCAUCAACCAUAUGUAUCACUUAUAAAGUCGCAUCUGCAAAGUCAUCGUGAAGAAAUAAGAGCUGAUGUACGAAAAAAAAUUGCGGAUAAGUCUCUAUCGCAAUAUUUCGAAAUUUAUUACGAUGAAUUUUACGCACGGUGCAAACGUUGCAAUGUUGAAAAAGACAUAUUUAACGGAACAGAUGCCUUAGCACGUCACAUUUGUUCGAAAAAGUAUCAACGUUUAAGGUCUCAACAAAAAUCUGAAGAUAAUAAUGUGAAUAGAAUGACACAACAGUCUACAGGCACUGAAAAUGCAAAUACAAGCUCCCAUCAUGAUGAUAUAAAUAGGCAAACUCCUCGAAAUCAAGACCAUCAAAGCAAUUACGCUAUUAGAUUAUUAUAUAGCAACACAGGAAUAAAUGACUUAAGAUCUCACUAUCAACAUCACAUGAAUGAAAAUUCAAGAUGUGAAAGAGGAGCUGCAUAUAAUAGCGAUUAUAGAAUAAUGCAACAAGACGUAGCUGCAGAAAAUAUGACUACACGUUAUCAUCAUGAAAGUAUAUAUUGGCAUGAUCUGGAAAGUCUAAAUCGACUAAGGUAA